AAAGUCAAACAUUUCUUAUUUGUUUUUGCCAGAAUUGGAUGACUCAUAGAAGGAGACCAUGAAAUCAGAACCAAAUCUGAAUUUUGUUUUCUUUGUUGCGCGAGAAAGUAAUAACCAGUUUCCACACCAAUUAAAAAAAAAAAGAACAUGGACGCUAAAGUUUGACGCUUCAAAAGCCACCCUUUUCGACUCUAUAAAUUAUAAAUACGCGCACAACACAACCAACCUGUACUCAUACUGGUUUCAGAGUAUAGAAGGAAACUAAUAAGUUGCUCAACUUCAACACAGAGACAUUCUCAAAAAAAAAAAAAAAAAAAACUUCAACACAGAGAGAGAAACUAUAACCCCAUUUCUAUAAAAUCUCAAAAAAUAAAAAUAAAAAUAAAAAACCAUUUCUAUAUUUUUCAGGUUCUGAUCCAUAGAGCCUGAAACCUUGGCCUUAUUUCACGUAAAUUCGAAGAAACAGUUCUGGGUUUUGGUGGGUUUUAGCUGUUGUUGAGGCACUGAUCUUUUGUAACAAUGGAGAGUGGGGAUAUUUAUAAAGCCGGUAGUAGUUUUCGACUAAGCAGUCCCUCAAUGUGGAGGGACGCCACCAUGGAAAUUUUCUCGAAAUCUUCACGAGAAGAUGAUGAUGAAGAAGCUCUUAAAUGGGCUGCUCUACAGAAGCUUCCUACUUACAACCGUUUGACGAAAGGUUUACUGACUACACCGCAAGGUGAGACCAGUGAAAUCGAUGUACAUCAUCUUGGACCGAAGGAAAGGAGGAGUUUGGUUGAGAGGUUGGUGAAGGUCCCCGAGGAGGAUCAUGAGAAGUUCUUGUAUAAGCUUAAGGACCGCUUGGACAGAGUUGGAAUUGCUAUUCCCACAAUUGAAGUCCAUUUUGAGCAUUUGAAUGUUGAGGCAGAAGCACAUGUUGGAAGCAGAGCUUUGCCAACAUUCUUGAACUUCUCUGUUAAUAUAAUGGAGGGUUUCUUGAAUUAUCUCCAUAUUCUUCCAAGCAGAAGGAAACAUUUGUCAAUCCUUCAAGAUGUUAGUGGAGUCAUCAAGCCUAGCAGAAUGACAUUACUUUUGGGUCCUCCAAGUUCUGGAAAGACCACACUCUUGUUGGCUCUAGCUGGAGAGCUUGAUCCCGACCUAAAGUUUUCUGGGAAGGUGACUUAUAAUGGCCACGAAAUGCAUGAGUUUGUUCCACAAAGAACUGCUGCUUAUGUCAGUCAACAUGACCUUCAUAUCGGAGAAAUGACUGUAAGGGAAACUUUGGCCUUCUCUGCAAGAUGCCAAGGGGUUGGAUCGCGUUAUGAGAUGCUAGCAGAGCUAGCAAGAAGAGAGAAAGAGGCAAAUAUUAAGCCUGAUCCUGAUGUUGACAUCUACAUGAAGGCACUGGCAACAGAAGGGCAGGAGGUGAAUGUGGUGACAGAUUACAUUCUAAAGGUUUUGGGAUUGGAAGUCUGUGCAGAUACCUUAGUUGGGAAUCAAAUGUUAAGGGGAAUAUCUGGAGGGCAAAGGAAACGAGUUACAACUGGUGAGAUGUUGGUUGGACCAUCUAAAGUGUUAUUCAUGGAUGAAAUAUCUACUGGUUUGGAUAGCUCAACAACUUUUCAGAUUGUGAAUUCAAUCAAGCAAUAUGUUCACAUUUUCAAUGGAACUGCAGUCAUCUCCCUUCUCCAGCCAGCACCAGAGACUUAUAAUCUUUUCGAUGACAUUAUUCUCAUCUCUGAUGGCCAGAUUGCAUACCAGGGUCCCCGUGAACAAGUGCUUGAAUUUUUUGAAUCAAUGGGCUUUAAAUGUCCUGAGAGGAAAGGGGUGGCCGACUUCCUGCAAGAAGUGACUUCAAGGAAAGAUCAGGAGCAGUACUGGGCACAGAAAGACGAGCCCUACAAUUUUGUAACAGUCAAGGAAUUUGCUGAGGCGUUCCAAUCUUUUCAUGUGGGACGGAAACUAGGAGAUGAACUUGCAACUCAGUUUGACAAGGCUAAGAGCCAUCCAGCUGCUUUGACAACAAGAAAGUAUGGUGUCAAUAAGGCAGAACUGCUGAAAGCUUGCUUGUCAAGAGAAUUCUUGCUCAUGAAGAGGAAUUCGUUUGUCUACAUCUUCAAGUUCAUUCAACUUACGAUAAUGGCAAUGGUUGUUAUGACAACUUUCCUACGGACUGAGAUGCACCGAAAUUCAGUGACUGAUGGAGGAAUCUAUAGUGGUGCUUUGUUCUAUAGUGUUGUUGUCAUCAUGUUUAAUGGUAUUGCUGAGAUGUCCAUGACCGUUGCAAAGCUUCCUGUUUUCUUCAAGCAAAGGAAGCUCCUAUUCUAUCCUCCAUGGGCAUAUUCUCUCCCUGCAUGGAUCAUCAAGAUUCCAAUCACGUUCGCAGAAGUUGCUGUAUGGGUAUUCAUCACUUACUAUGUCAUUGGCUUUGAUCCAAGUGCAGGAAGGUUUUUUAGGCAGUACCUUCUGCUUUUAGUUCUUAACCAGAUGGCUUCUGCAUUAUUUCGCUUUAUUGGGGCAAUUGGUAGGGGGGACCUGAUUCUUGCCAACUCCUAUGGAUCAUUUGCACUGGUCACGCUGUUUGCUUUGGGUGGCUUUGUCCUGUCAAGAGAGAACAUAAAGAAAUGGUGGAUAUGGGGUUACUGGAUUUCACCGAUGAUGUAUGCACAGAAUGCUAUUGUAGUUAACGAGUUUCUUGGGAAGAGUUGGAGACAUGUUCUCCCAAACUCAAUGGAAUCACUAGGAAUUGAAGUUUUGAAGUCCCGCGGAUUCUUUACACAUGCAUAUUGGUAUUGGAUAGGAGUGGGGGCAUUAAUUGGAUAUAUAUUACUUUUCAAUGCUGCCUUCACUCUGGCUCUCACAUAUCUCAAUCCAUUGGGAAAGCCACAGUCUGUUAAAUCCGAAGAACCUGAAAGCAAUGGACAGGAUUACAGAUCUAGAGAAAACAACUCAAGUCACAAAACAAGCAUAGAGAAUGGAUAUGAAAUUAAGAGGGGCAGUAAUACCUCUAGCCUCUCAUCUAUUAGCACAGACGCUUCUGUAGAGAUCAAUCAGAAUAGGAAUAGAGGAAUGAUUCUUCCAUUUGACCAACAUUCCAUUACCUUCGAUGAAAUAAAGUACUCUGUUGACAUGCCACAGGAAAUGAAGAAUCAAGGUGUUACCGAGGAUAAAUUGGUGCUCCUGAAGGGUGUGAGUGGUUCAUUCAGGCCAGGAGUUCUCACAGCACUGAUGGGUGUAAGUGGUGCUGGUAAAACAACUUUGAUGGAUGUACUAGCAGGUAGAAAAACUGGUGGAUAUAUUGAUGGGAAGAUCACGAUUUCUGGGUAUCCAAAGAAGCAAGAAACAUUUGCUAGAGUUUCUGGAUACUGUGAGCAGAACGACAUUCACUCUCCUCAUGUAACUGUCUACGAGUCCUUGCUCUACUCAGCAUGGCUUCGUUUAUCCCCUGAUGUCGAUUCUCAAAAAAAGAUGAUGUUUGUUGAGGAAGUUAUGGAGCUUGUGGAGCUGAAACCGUUGAGGCAGGCAUUGGUCGGGUUGCCAGGUGUGAAUGGUCUCUCGACUGAGCAACGUAAGAGGCUAACAAUUGCAGUUGAGUUAGUUGCCAACCCCUCCAUAAUUUUCAUGGAUGAACCAACCUCAGGGUUGGAUGCUAGAGCUGCUGCCAUAGUUAUGAGAACUGUGAGGAACACCGUUGACACUGGAAGAACAGUUGUGUGCACCAUCCAUCAGCCAAGCAUUGACAUAUUUGAAGCUUUUGAUGAGGUGAAAAAUACUAAUAAAUUAAAAUGUAUGGAACUUUUGUUCAUAUGCUCUUCUGUAUAUGAGAAUGACAUGUUUAACAUGACAUUGCAGCUAUUCCUAUUGAAGCAUGGGGGACAAGAGAUAUAUGUAGGGCCAUUGGGUCGCCAUUCUUGCCAUUUAAUCCAGUAUUUUGAGGGAAUAGAAGGAGUAAGUAAAAUUAAAGAUGGUUACAAUCCAGCAACUUGGAUGUUGGAAGUUACUUCAUCAGCACAUGAAACAACUUUGGGGAUUGAAUUUGCUAAUGUGUACAGAAAUUCAGAGCUGUACAGGAGAAACAAGGAACUUAUUGAACAAUUGAGCAUCCCUACUCCUGGAUCGAAGGACCUCUAUUUCCCUACUCAAUACUCACAGUCAUAUUUCACCCAAUUCAUGGCUUGCUUAUGGAAACAACAUUGGUCGUAUUGGCGCAACCCCCUAUACACUGCUGUAAGAUUUAUCUUCACUACUGUCAUAGCCCUGAUGUUCGGGACAAUGUUCUUGAACCUUGGCUCAAAAACGACAAAGCAACAAGAUUUGUUUAAUGCAAUGGGUUCCAUGUAUGCUGCUGUUCUCUUUAUUGGAGUUAAAAACUCUAAUUCAGUGCAGCCAGUGGUGGCUGUCGAACGAACAGUCUUCUAUAGAGAAAGAGCAGCUGGGAUGUAUUCAGCAUUGCCCUAUGCGUUUGCACAGGUUCUGAUUGAAGUCCCAUACGUUUUUGUACAAACUGUGUUCUAUGGUGUUAUUGUAUAUGUAUUGAUUGGAUUUGAAUGGACUGCUGCUAAAUUUUUCUGGUACAUAUUCUUCACAUAUUUCUCACUGCUGUACUUCACCUUCUAUGGCAUGAUGACUGUCGCCGUGACACCAAACCACCACAUUUCUUCCAUAAUUGCCUCUGCAUUUUAUUCAAUAUGGAAUCUCUUUUCUGGAUUCAUAGUUCCACGACCUAGGAUCCCUAUUUGGUGGAGAUGGUACUCUUGGGCAUGUCCAUUAGCUUGGACCUUGUAUGGUUUGGUUGCAUCACAGUUUGGAGAUAAGAAAGACAUGCUUGAUACUGGUGAAAGAGUGGAAGAUUUUGUGAGAGACUAUUUCGGUUUCCAUCAUGAUUUCCUAGGAGUGGUUGCAACAGUCGUUGUUGGGUUUGCAGUACUAUUUGCAUUUAUCUUUGCUGUGUCUAUUAAAAUGUUUAAUUUCCAAAGGAGAUAGAUGUCAAAAUUUGAAAUAUCAUGGGAGAAGAUGAGAAAGGAAGAACGGAAGAGAUUCAGAUUCACUCGGUCACUAAGACCUACGUCCACAACGUCAAAAGCCAAAGGGUUACAUUUUAUUUAUUUAUUUAAUUUAAUUGAUAGCAUGUUACAAGGGAGCCCAAAUUUAUAUUGGGAUUUCCGUAGUUUGAAAUAUAUUUCCUAUCAAUUAACCUAAUGUAUAUAUUUGAACUUGAAUUCCAUUUCAAUAUAAUUGAUUUCUCUGAUUUCUUUAA